AUGGACGCUGCUAUGGAGUUACUAGAAGAAUUGUACGUUGCCUUCCUCUCCAUACACCCCCCUCUCCAUAUACCUCCCAUCCACUCAUCCACACAACCUAUCCACGAUACCAACCAUCCACCCCCAAAGAACCAAAACCACCAACUAACACCUCCAACACACAGAACAACCUACCUCCCCGAACGCUACCCAACCCUCUUCCGCAAAACCCCCACCGGAAUAACCAACCUCCUCACCCAAGAAACCCUAACCACAGUCCCCCCCCUCUCCGAAGAUCCCAUGCAAACCUGCGGCCGCCUAAUCCAAGACGACCUAGCCCUAAUGCUCGAACGCCCCGACGGUGAAUACUACCUCCUCGCCGGCUCCAUCCUCCUCGCCGGCUUCUGGCGCCUCGAAGACAAAUACGGCAUGCGACUCUCCGAAAUCCACACCUCUGGCUCCGUGCCCGGCUACAAAGAAAAGCUCGAAAAGGGGAUGUUGAAUUUCUUCCGCAGGCUACGGCCCGAGGAUCCCGUGCUCCGAAAUAACUAUUUUAUUCAGGUGGAUGAGAGUCUGCCCUGGUCGCAUAGUAUCGGGUCGGAGGAUGGGGAGACGGUGUCGUGGAAUACGGCGGAGAAGAAUCGGGCGAUUGAGCAUCAUUUUUUUCGGUCUGAGAGGCAGAGUUUGAGGAGGUUGCCUAGGUCCGGGGCGGUGGUGUUUACGAUUAGGACUUAUUUUGAGCCCAUUACGGAGGUGGUGAAGGAGCCGUAUGUGCCUGGCAGGUUGGCUUCGGCGGUUAGGAGUUGGGGGGAGGAUGUGGCGAGGUAUAAGGGGAGGGAGAAGUAUGGAGAGGUUUUGUUGGAGUAUUUGGAUCGUGUUUGGGUGUCCUUGUGUCUUUAG